GUAGCCAUUGACAUAAUAUGAACCAUUAGAUUCAUUUCUAAGAUGUUCUAUUUAAAGAAUAAUUCGUUCAAAUCAUCUCUUUUACUACUAAUCUUAAUAGACAUUUUAACUACUUUAUCAAUAUUUACCCUUCAUGCUGAUGCAUACAGCUUCCGCAAUGUCUUCAAAUACUUUAAUCGACCAAAAUGUGGAUAUAAUUCAUGUAAUUUGGGAAAACCGGGGUACCUAAAUAUCCAUCUAGUACCACAUACACAUGAUGAUGUUGGUUGGCUAAAAACAGUGGAUCAAUACUACUAUGGUGCUAAUAAUACAAUCCAACGUGCUGGUGUUCAAUACAUUUUAGAUAGUGUUAUACAAGCUUUAGUUGAUGAUCCAAAACGUCGAUUUACCUAUGUUGAAAUGACAUUUUUUAUGAAAUGGUGGACAGGACAAACAUUAGCCAAACGUCAAAUAGUUAAAGAUUUAGUUGAAUCAGGACAAUUACAAUUUGCUUUAGGUGGUUGGAGUAUGGCUGAUGAAGCUACAGUUUAUUAUGCUGAUGCAAUUGAUCAAUUAACACGUGGACGUGAUGUAUUAAAACAAUUAUUUGGUGAUUGUGGACGUCCAUUAGUUGCUUGGCAAAUUGAUCCAUUUGGACAUUCACGUGAUCAUUCAGAUUUAUUUCAAGAUGCUGGUUUUGAUGCUGUCUAUUUUCAACGUAUGGAUUUUCGUGAGAAAUUAAUACGUAAACGAUUAAAACAAUUAGAAGUUUUAUGGGAUACUAAUAUAGAAAUGAAAGAGACCGGUUAUGGUUUAUUUACAAGCAUGUUUCAUGAUUCUUAUUGUUAUCCAGAAUCAUUUUGUUUUGAUGAUAAAUGUUUAGAUGAACCGAUUAAAGAUGAUCCUAAUUUGGAAGGUUAUAAUGUUAAAUCAAGAGUAGAUGACUUUUUAAAUUAUGUAAAUCUAAUAUCAAGAGCAUUUAAAACAAAUCACAUUAUGGUUCUCAUGGGUUGUGAUUUUACAUAUGAAAAUGCUAAUAUGAAUUAUAAAAAUAUGGAUAAGUUAAUUGCUUAUGUAAAUCAACGUCAAAAAUUAAAUAAUAGUCAAGUGAAUCUACUCUAUUCUACACCAGCAUGUUAUACAAAAGCAGUAAAUGAAGAAUUUAAUCGAAUUGGUACAAUUGAUCGUCGUGGUGGUGAUUUCUUUCCAUAUGCUAGUGAUUUACAUUCAUAUUGGACAGGUUAUUAUACUAGUCGACCAGCAUUGAAAUACUAUGUACGUCAAGCAUCAAAUUUAUUAUCAAUGUGUGAACAAGUACACUUACACGUAGAUCGUUUAUCACAAAUGAACGAUUAUCAGAAACAAGUUGACACCGACGAAUUGAUUGAUACAUUAAGGAAAACUCUCGGUGUACUACAACAUCAUGAUGCUGUAUCUGGUACUGAAAAACAACAUGUUGCUGAUGAUUAUGCAUGGAGAUUAACAAAAGCAUCGAAAUUAUGUCAAUCAUUAAUUAGUCAAUCAUUAAUUAAACUAUUACCAACAUUGAAACCAUUUAUUGAGAAAAAUAAUGUUAUCUUUUGUGAUUUAUUAAAUAUUAGCUUAUGUGAUGCAACAGAAGGAUUAAGACCACAUUUAAAUCAUUUAAAUCAAGGUGGUCUAUUCAUAAUCUUGUAUAAUCCUUUAGGCUGGGAACAAUUAAAUACAUGGAUACGUUUACCAAUUUACAUUCCAGAAAAUUAUUCAUCAAAUGAUUUACAAGUGAUAUUAAAAGAUUUACGUCAGUUACCAUCCUCCUCCUCCUUCUCAUCAUCAUCGUCAUCGACAUCAUCAAGAUCAUCGACUUCAUCCACAUUAUUAAACAACAAUUUAGAAUAUCAGCUAGUACCAAUUACUGAACGUACAUUCAAUAUACCUGAAAGACAUAGUGAUAAACAUUUAGCAAAUUAUGAAAUUGUAUUUAAUGCCAAAUUAUUAUCACCCAUUGGAUUUAAUUUAUUCUAUUUAGCUCUUAAUAAAACGACUCAUCAAAAUCAAGAUGUAUAUAAUCAUUAUGAAUCAUUACAAACAGACACUUCUUUUAUGUCAUCUUCAUCAUCAUCAUCAUCAAUUCCAACAGUAUCGUCAGUUCAUUCCCCUGUUGAUAUAGAUCAGUUAUCGUCUAAAACCAUUCAGUUGAAUGCUCAUUUCAUUGAAGAUUCUAACAAUCCAUUAAUUAUAACAAUGAGACAUUUAAAAUCUGGUGGAUAUAUGAAUCUAUCAAUUGAAUUAUUGUAUUACUUAGGUGAAACUACAUAUCCACAACCAUCUGGUGCAUAUAUAUUUUUACCAAAAAAUGGUACAUUUAUACAGAAAUUCCCAAGACCUAUGGUAAACGUCAUAGAUGGACCAUGUGUCAAAGAAUUUCAUCUCACUUAUUCAUCAUGGGCAUCUUUAGUUGUACGCCUUUAUAAUAAUGGAGAAUUAGAGGUAGAAUGGACAGCUGGUCCUAUACCGGAUGAUGGACAUAUAAACAGUCGUGAAUUGGUGAUACGAUAUACACUGAAUAAUGAUAAUAUGUUGGUGAAAAAUCCAGGUGAAUUUUUCACUGAUUCAUCUGGUAGACGUUUAAUCAAACGAAUACGUAAUAAAAGAAUCGAUUGGAAUCUUCCUAUAACUUUUAAUGAAACAGAAAAUGUAUCCGGUAACUAUUAUCCUGUGAUCAAUCGAAUUAUGUUAAAAAAUAUUUUACUUUCUAAACCAAAUGAAAGUCAAAUAGAGAAUAAUGAAAUUCCUAUAGGAUUAGCUAUUUAUACAGAUCGUGCUCAAGGUGGUACAAGUUUAAAAGAUGGACAAAUAGAAUUAAUGCUACAUCGACGUUUAGUACGUGAUGAUGGUUUUGGUGUAAGUGAAGCAUUAAUGGAGAAUGGAUUGGAUCAUCGAGGUAUGUAAAUUUUGAAAAAUAAACAAUCUAAAUUGAUAUGAUAUCAUUAAAAUAUAUGCAUUGUUAACUGUAAAUGUCAGAAGGGGUUUUGGUGGAGAUUUAGUAUUUUCAUAGUUGAAAGCGUGAGUCAAUUGAAGCUAGACUAUCAAGGAAAACCUGGAAGCACUGCGGGCUGUUUCGUCCUAUUGUGAGAUUCCUCAGCAGUGCGCAUCCACGAUCGCGCCUCGCUAAACUCGAACUCAGGACCUAUCAGUGUAGCGCAAACGCCUAACUUCUGACACCACUAAGCCGGCCGACAUCCGAUGGUGUUUGUGUCUAACUUCAACCAAUCCACGAAGUUGAGCAACCAUUCACCAAUUGUCUUCAGUGAGGUCCUAUCUCACAACAGACCUUUUUUGAGCUCCACUAGUCACUGCUUCUCACUAGAACUCCAGGAUUUACCUCUUAAAGUCAUUAAUAUUUAAUACUUAACCUUCCAUCAAGAUUUUAUACUCAUUAGAAUAAUUUAAGUAAGUAUAUGCACAAUAUUAAAAGGAUCUCAUGGGAUUCGAAUAAAGCUAACAUGCAUUUACAUCUACAACGAUCACAAAUCAGAGAUUAUAAACGGUUGUCAAUAAAUGUAACUCAUAAUAUAUUUGUGUGAUCCAGGGACAUUCUGAUGACGAAUCCAGAAUAGAACAAAACGUAGGUUCUGGCUUUCACUGGUAACCAUAAUCUAAUGUGACAAUAAUAAUAUCUGAUUAUUCACACAUGAAACUAUGAUAAUGAAUUAUGGUUUCUAGUUAGCUAAUUGUGAUUAGAGACUUAAUGAGGAAUAGUCAUGGCGUCAAUAACUCUUUGUAUAAGUUUGUUGAAAAAGUCGUCUUAUUUCAUAAAUCGUAGCCUAAAUGAGUUAAAUUACUUAGGUCAAUGAAAUUAAUAGAAAAUUUCUAACCAAACUGGCAAGGAUAAAAUACUUUGAUUUGAUAUAAUUUUCUAUCUGGAACUGACAUCACCUGAAGAGCUAUUAGAAUGAAGUAACACUGAAACAUUUGGAUUGUCCUAGUUUGGGACUACACACCAGCUCACAUCCAGCAUUUCUCAAGGAAGACAUCUAUUCGUUUUGAAUGUGAAGUAAUUACUCACCGAAGACAUUAGAUCGGUCACUGAGGUAUUUCGAAAAAUAAAAGAAAGGGGACACAUAGACCUGUAAGUUCAUCAACUAUUGUGACUUAGUGACUAACUAAUUCUCAGCACCAAUUCAAAAAACUCGGUUAGCCUUAGAAAAUCCUCAUCACUUGUGGCUCAGCCGAGAUAUAUGUCUGCCUACUAAAGGACAAGUAUUAUAAGCAUCAAUUUGCUCUAAUCUACAUUAUGACUACAAAACAUGACCAUUUAAAAUAUACCAUAUUCGUUGGUUUCUAACAUCUGAUCAUAAAUGACUUAGGAAAAUUGCUUUAGCAUGUGGGAACCAUCAAGUAAACAAUGUUCGGAUUAGACGCAGGCAACUAGGAAAGGACGGCAAAUCGAUCGAUUAGGUAAUGAAUCUUUACCAACUGGAUGGUGAGACAUAUAUUAUGCAGGUAGGUUCAAGCUUCAAUGUUACUGUCCUCAUUGUUUUCAUAACCCAUGGAUGAAAUAACUCAGAAUCAUUCACAAUGGUUCAUUUAUAGUGUGUAUUCUCUUGCUUCAUAAGCGUUAAAGAAGGAAGAAUGAGUUGUAUCUCACACCUAAGAUGCUUGAUUAAUUGGUUUCGUAAACUAUAUGCACAUUAAAUUAUUGAUCAUGUACUAUUAACUGCUUAUCACUCAAAAUGAUCUUUAGACUUAACAUUUAAAAUGUUAUAUAUUUCAUUAUUAUUCUUGAUAUCGUUUUCAUCAGUCACUGGUGAGUAAUAAUAAGACGAAACGGCCGUCCAGUGCUUCCAGGUUUUCCAUAGUGUUUUAGCUUCAAUGGACUCACGCUUUCAACGAUAAAGAAGCAAAGUUGUCUAAGUACUUGAUUUUUAUAUCAUGAUCACAAACCAGUCUUUGAAUAAUUACAAUCUUUUUAUUUAUUUCAUAGUUGAAAUCAUGAGUCAAUUGAAGCUAGACCACCAUGGAAAACCUGGAAGCACUGUUUGACGGCCGUUUCGUCCUAUUAUGG